GUGGGUGUGAAUAUUAUCAUAACUUACAGGACAGAUGAAUUACUGUAUUGUUGAUGUGAUCCGUGACGUCACUCGCGCACACAUUCUCUGCAUGUUUACAGGUGUAGUUUCUGCUGAUUCUCACCUGAAGAAUGACAGAAAGAGGCAGACAAGAACGACAUCAACAUCGAGUGUCUGAAGAUGUCGAGAAAAGUCGAGGUGAUCAUCAACUCUGCGGCUCCGCAGGAUCAAGCCGAGUGUCCCGUUUAUGUCACGGAGUCCAAGCCCGGAGACUCGCCCGGAGUGACUGGAUUCCUGAAGAUCAACCCGGCGGCUCUGGGGUGGCUGGAGAUCCUGACCGGAGCCGUGGUGUUUGGACUCGUCUUUUGGAAUUAUGAACGUUGGUUUUUAAUACCAACUUGCUAUUUGAUUUUGAAUGGAGUUAUUACAGCCACAGCUGCUUGUACCCGUAACGCGUGUCUGGUGGUCACCGCUCAAGUCCUGAACCUGCUCAAUAUCUUCAGCGCUCUGAUCGUCUUCAUCAUCUUCUUCUUGUUUUUCUAUGUCGCGUCGUCUGUGCGUGUGUUUUUGGCUCCCUCUCUGGGUCCGAAAGACAUCGCUUUCAUGGCCUGUAACGUUCUGGCGAUCAUCUACUCUGUCAUCAUCUUCGCGACCUCAUGCUGCUGGUGUAAAUCGAGGAAGCGUCUCAUGGUGAUCCACAUGAACGCAGCGUCACCUGCACCUGCAGGGGUCAGUGAUGUCGUGGACCAGCCGCGUCCCGCAUCCUCACCGCCAUCCUACUACAGUCCGAUCCCGACUUCAGAACCACCGGCCUAUGAGGACGAGCGACGCUCGACACUCUCUAGAGCUUCUUCUGAGAGAUGGGACAUGAGAAGAUGGAAAGAUGAACUGCAUCGCAGCAGAAAACCCAUCCAAGUCUAAGACAUUAAUUUAUUCCAGAUCAAUCUAUGCUCUAAAGUAGAGCUUCAGUGACCUGUUUGAUUCGUUCCCAGAGCUCAAUCUAGGGCCCUUAUUAGUGUACCGUCUCCUUCAGAACUCUAGUUUCCACCUGCAUCGGUCGAUCUACUGGACAGUACAGAUGGACUCUCUCUAUCAGACAUUAGAAUCAUUUCUAAUAUUUGUGUCCUUGUUUUUAAAAGCAAACUUGAAAUGCGGAUCUGGAGAGUGUAUUUGAGAUGUCAGUAUUUCUGUCAGGUUGAAGCUGUACUUGCAUGACUGAAUAUAGCUGUCGGAGUGUGUUCAUACAGCAUUCAUACACACUGAACUCACUCAUGACUCAUGAAGAAGUGUCUGGAGCUGCUUCUAGUCCCGCCGUCUCAGACAUGCUCUUCUUCUGUGCAAUUUAACUAUUUAAGAUUUAUUUUUAGUUCUUUUUAACGCCUUUGAAUGUUUAUGUACAUAUAUGUCAGCUGCGAAGCACUUUAUAAAGGUGCUAUAUAAAGUUCUUUUAUUAUUA